AUGUCUACGAGUCUUGAUUUUCUCAAGGAAUCGGGUACCGUUGUUGUGACGGACACUGGCGAGUUCCCGCUGAUUGCUAAAUAUACCCCUCAGGAUGCAACCACCAAUCCUUCUUUAAUUCUUGCUGCAGCGAAGAAGCCAGAAUACACAAAACUGAUCGAUGUAGCUAUCACCUACGGGAUAUCCAAAGGAUCAGGUAUUGACCACCAGGUUGAUCUCGCAAUGGAUCGCCUUCUGGUUGAAUUUGGCAAAGAGAUACUCCAAAUCAUUCCGGGGCGUGUCUCCACUGAGGUUGAUGCUCGACUUUCGUUUGAUACUGAUGCCACCAUAAAGAAGGCACUGGAGCUGAUUGCUAUUUACGAAUCUGUGGGUGUUCCCAAGGAACGAGUUCUCAUCAAAAUCGCAUCCACGUGGGAGGGAAUUCAGGCAGCCAAAAUCCUGGAGGAGGUCUACGAUAUCCAUUGCAACCUGACCCUGCUGUUUUCGUUUGUUCAAGCAGUGGCCUGUGCUGAAGCCAAUGUGACUCUGAUAUCGCCAUUCGUUGGUCGUAUCCUGGACUGGUACAAGGCAAAGACAGGCAAAAGCUAUGAGGCCUCUGAAGAUCCCGGAGUGCAGUCUGUCAGCGAAAUCUUUUCGUACUACAAAAAGUUUGGGUAUUCCACCAUCGUCAUGGGUGCUUCAUUCAGAAACGUUGGUGAAAUCAAGGCUCUGGCCGGUUGUGAUUAUCUCACCAUCUCGCCCAAGCUUUUGGAGGAUAUGAUCCAAUCCAGUGAUAAAGUCCCUAAAAUCCUGAAUGCUAGAGACGCCGCAAAGGCCGAUGUGGAGAAGAUUUCCGUGGUCAACGACGAGUCAAAGUUCAGACUGAUGCUUAACGACAACGCCAUGGCCACGGAGAAGUUAUCCGAGGGAAUAAGGGGCUUUUGCAAAGACUACAACACGCUUCUAGAUUUGCUGAAGAAGAGAAUAACCUCGUCAAAGUUGUGA